UGUGGAUCAUCGGGAGUGACGUCAGACGCGGGGCGCUCCGGAAGCUGGAAGGCCGGUAGCGGAGUCCCGCUCUCCCUGGACCGCCGAACCCGCUUUAUUGCGGCCGAGCUCGCCAAUUGAAACGCGUGUCCGCUGCUCGAGCCCAAUCUGCACUUGCCCCUUCGACACUGAUAUUUUGAAUAUCGUAUUUAUGAUUUGAAGUGUUGUGUGACAAUGAACCGCAUAGUGCAUAUCGUAGUUUUAGGUGUACUACUAUUGACGUGCUGUAUAGCCGACGAAGUUAUUGAAACAGUAGAAGUCAUUGUGGGACACAGCGCAGAACUUCCUUGCAAUGUCACAGCCAAGAACGAGAAUGACAGACUAAGCAUAUUGGCCUGGUAUCGUAAUGAAUCUGCAGUGGCUUUCUAUAGUCGCGACCUCCGUGACGGUGCAGAAAACAGCAACCCAUCUCCCGACAGUCGAUACCGACUUGUUACUUCAGACUCUGAAGUCAUGGAUAAGCUGCAGAUUGUAACAGUACGACCAUCAGAUGCGGGUCUCUAUCACUGCCUUGCGGACUUCGAGUUCAGCCCUGCUCACAAGACUAACGUGCAAUUAGUGGUUAUUGAGCCUCCACGUCACUUGUGGGUGAUCCACGAGAACGGAACUCAGGUAGCUAAAGCAAGCGCAGGAGUCAAUGUCAGUAGGAAUGUGGGACCAUACUACGUGGGAGAUACAGUACAUCUAUUUUGUGUCGCCUUUGGUGGGAACCCUCAGGCGACACUAUCCUGGUGGACAGAGCAACGUCUCCUGAAGAACUCAUCGACAACACUCUCAGAGCAACGAGUUCGCACUAACAUAAUGUUCGGUCCUCUCCGGCGUGAAGACCACGGCCGCGUACUCACCUGCUACGCAAAAAAUAAUGAAAGAACGAAGCCUCUUUCAAUAGACAUUAUCAUAAACAUGCUCUUGCCUCCGGAACUUGUAUCUAUACGGGCUGAGGGAGCGUUUACUUCGGGCGGUGUUGAAGGCAGAGUGCGAACUGGAGAAGCCAUAACAUUGCAGUGCAGAGUAAUUGGGGCACACCCCCCACCCCCACUGCUGUGGAAGCUUGACGAUUCGAAGCUUGUAAAUUUAGAGCAGAAUAUAACAAUGGAGCCUUCACAGCGCCUAAUAGUUAGUGAGGUCCAAUGGACAAUAGACCGUCGGUACGAUGAAUCCCGCGUGACGUGCUGCGCCCUCAACUACCAAAGAGGAAAUGACACCUUCGAAUGCGCACAAGGAAUACCUCUGAUUGUUUUGUACCCUCCAGUUGUAGAGAUAAUUGUUGAAGGAGAGUUAAAUAAUAAUACUUUGGCUGUUGCAAAAGGCUCUAACGUAACGCUUGCUUGUAGCUAUCUAGCUAAUCCAUCUGUGGACCAAAUAAUGUGGUUUCAUGAGGAUGCCGUACAAGGCAAUGAAGGUGAAGUAAAUGAUAAGCUGCACCCGAUUUUGGACCUGAAGAAUAUAUCUGAGAGCGACGCCGGCAAAUACAUGUGUACCGCACAUAACGAAGAGGGGUUCACAGACAGCGAACCGAUUUUUAUAGAUGUCACGUAUCCAGCUUACUGCGAAAAUUCAAUGAUAAUAGAAUACGGUUUGGGCGAUGAGGAGUCUAUAAAUAUGACGUGCAAUGUCAAAGCAAAUCCAGAGCCAAUCUCAUACCGUUGGAUUUCGGUCAAUGCAGCCGCGAACAUCACCACGCUGCGCAACCAUCCCCAGGUUAUGAAGGAAACAGAUGAACCAAUAUUGGUUUAUGAACGACCAAAUAACACAGCGUACAGUACAGUAUUUUGUUGGGGUCUCAACGGUGUGCCUGAUAAGGAAGCCACGCAAACCCCUUGCACGUAUUUAGUAACAGAUGAAACGAUCCCACGACCGCCUUCUAAUUGUGAAGCUUUGAUAACUGAAACAAGAGACAUUAUUGUUAACUGUGAGAAGGGUCACAGCGGGGGAUUGCCACAGCGCUUCAAGUUUUUCGUGAAAGAGGAAGACACAGAUAAACUCAUAAUAUCCAUUGUGAGUACAGAACCGGAAUUUAAAAUAGCGGAACCGAAGCAAGAAAGAUACAAGUUUACUGUAAUUGCAGUAAAUGACAAAGGGGAAAGUGAUAGUGUAGAAAUUCUUAAAGAAGACAUCAUUAAUAACAUUCCAGACCCGGAUCAGCCCCAGAGCGCUGUUGCGAACAUAACGACGCUAUCCCUGGCGCUGUGCGGCGGCGUGGCGCUAGUGGCGCUGGCGGCGUGCGGGCUCGUGCUGUGCGCGCACGACCGCGGCUCCGCGCUCGACCUGCCGCGGCCGCACUCGGACCCGCCGCUCUGCGCCUACAAUACUGAAGAAUCGAACUGCGAGACUUACCACGGCAGCGAAGACGGGAGCGAGUGCAACGUGAGACGCACGGAGUCGUUCCGGCGAGCCGUCUCGAGGUACCCGUCGAAGAAUUUCGACGUGAGGAGAACGAGCUCGUUCCAUUCGGCGCGCUACGCGAAUGAUACCGAGCCAGAACCUUCGAGCAAGUGCAACGACGUCAUCCGCUACGGGAACAACUGCAGAGUGCACUCGCUACAGAACAUCAGCAGGAAGAGGGACACGGAUGCCUUGUGCGAUCAUUUAGUUCUACAUCUGCCGCCGGAAACGAGCUACGGUGUUCCUAAGCCGAUGAACACGUUUUACACGAUACCGCGUAAAACGAGGCAAAAACAAAGCAGGGAACUGAGCGACGAGACUUCCGAAAUAACUCAAACGUCCGACGGAUUUUCGUUGCCGCCCCCGCCGGACGAGUUCGGGACCUACAGGGCCGCAACCAGGAUCCGGGAUAUACCGAAAGCCACGCCUACAUACACGACGGUCGUAAAGAAGAACUCCACCGGAAAGGAGCCAGUCAAAUAUCAACAGUACAACGAUGCGAUAUCGUCAAUGAACACUGUCGGAGUCGUGCCGACAAUUAGCGCGACGCAAGCGAGCGUGUACACGUAUCCUGACGACGACCACCGCGGGCACCAGGAAACGCCGAGCACUCUCGGAACCGCUAGCGUCAUACCCACUUACAAAGCUUAUUUUACCCCAAGAGAGUGCGGACUGUAAUAGCAUUAUGUACUUUUUAGUAACAACGAUUUCAAUAUCAUUUUUAGGAUUUUAAUUUAUUCGAUACUAGCGACCCGCCAUCGCUUCGCUCCGGAAACUGUAAUUUAUUAUUGAUUUCUCCACUA